AUGUCUCAAUCAAUACAAGACAUAACGGUCGGGGAUAUCCUCCCACUCGACCAUGUGCUCCAGCUUGCAGACCGCUCCAAGUUGCUGGCGGCAAGGAUCCAAGAGUUCAAGAGAAACGACCGUCCCAGGACAGCAGAGGAACUCAGGAUCUUGACCUCGACUAUGGACGAAGUAGAGCAGAUUUUGAGGCCCUAUACCGUGGCUGUGCUAGACUGCAUCCUUGGGGAUGUUUAUGAAAACAUCCUACUGGAGCAAGACGGCACAAGGACGGGUUUUGAUGAAGGGAUGGAUCGAAUCACCCGGGUACUUCGAUCGGACCCCCCGGAGAUGGAUUCUGGGCCCAACGAUAGCUCGCAUACUUUCAGCCUGGAGGAGACUCCCGAGAUUGUAGAGAGAUUCCAGCGCCUCAUCCUUGGGUUUGAGGACCUCGACAGGCUGACCCACCAGCCCAUACAUGAUACGCUGGCUCUUAGUGAGCAGCAGGUCGAGGCCUGUAUAGAGGCUGGCCGCAUGAAGGUGCUCAUGGGCUGCGUCUUUGACGGCAUUGGCUCGUAUACUCGCGGGCAAUUACCACCUAGGACAUCUACUCAUACCGUAGUAGUGACGGUGGUUCGAUGCGAGGGUCUUCGGCGACACGAAGGUGAGGGCCCACCCCUUCUCCGCAGACAAGAUGCUACUGUUGGCCAGGAAAGGUUCGCACUACCCAAUCCACUUAGACAAGACGCUACCGUUGGUCAAGGCACGGUAGCGUCUUCUGGGCAUUCGUCCCGGAAUAUACCUCGUCUGCGGAGAUAA